AUGGAAAAAUCAUAUAAGUAUGGGGAAUUGCAAAAGGGGUUACUUACAAAAGUCAUCAAAGACCUUACUAAUUUCAAAAAGGCUCCGAAGGAGCGGAGAACACCAGCAUAUGCAUCGGGACGUCUUUCAAAGCUAGAAGAAGAUCUAGCUACGUCGAAAGCCUAUCACGAGGCAAUCAUUGGUGGUGGUAUGCUGGAAGAAUAUUUAAAAAAGGAUGAAUUAUUAGUGGUCUAUGAUCAAAUGUAUGAUAUUUACCUCGAAUAUAGGGCAGAAUUGGUAGAGGCGAUGGAAAAAUCGAAAACACUUAUCGCAGGUGAUGUCCUAAUGGGUGCUCCGCCCCCUCAUUCUUCUGCAUCGUCCUCACAUUCGGCGAUUCGUCUCCCGAGGAUUGAUCUGCCCAAAUUCGACGGAUCUUACACAAACUGGCGUGCUUUUCACGACAGAUUUCAAGCUCUCGUCCAUAAAAACGCGACCCUGGAGGACAUCGACAAAUUGCAUUUCCUACAAACGUGUUUAAUAGGUGAUGCACAUCGUUUUAUGCAAAACAUUGCUGUUGAGUCUGCAAGUUAUGAAAAGGCAUGGGAACUUUUGGAAGAGCGCUACAAUCAUAAACGCAUUCUGGUGCACAUCCAAAUGCAAUCGCUUUUUGGUCAACCCUCAUUGACGCGAGAAACGGCAUCUGGUCUCAAGGAGCUCUUGUAUACAACUAGAGAAUGUCUUCUCGCUCUUGAAAAUUUGGAGGUUCCGAUUUCUUCGUGGGAUACGGUCUUGAUAUGGUUCCUUGUACAAAAGCUUCCUAGUACAAGUCAAAAAUUAUGGGAGGAAAAAUUAGGGAAUAGCAAGGACUUACCGAAAUUUGAUGCGUUUUCCGAAUUUUUAGAGACACGAUUCCGUACGCUUGAAGUUAUGGGCCAACAAGAGCUAGCUACGCCCACCAGGCGCAAAGAAGAGUCAUCUGUUAAUUCAAGGCCACGCUUUCAACCAUCGACUUCAAAGGUUUUACAUACAAAGCAUGUUGUAAAGCAUCAACCUCAGAAAAUUCCAAAGCACUUUCAAACUAGCCAAGUUCUUUGCAAAUUGUGCAACCACAACAAGCACUCCCUUAGAAAAUGCCAGCAAUUUUUGGCAAUGGACAGUGUCAAACGCCGAGAAGUAGUCCGGGGAAUCCAUGUUUGUGAAAAUUGUCUGACAUAUGGGCAUUCUCUCCAGGAAUGCCAGAGUUUGAGUCGGUGCUAUUUCUGUCAACAGAAACAUCACUCACUCCUGCAUUUGCAGCACCAUAAUAACUCUUUUCAACCUCAACAACCAGGUACUGAACAUCAGACCCAAGUCGGAACAUCAAGCCAAGGUAUGCCGUCUCAACCGAGAGUUGCCGGUUCUAGUUCUAACACAUUUCAGGCCUCAGUGAACCCGAAUGCGCCUGAGUUCCAACCAGCUGUUCGUCCACAAACUCAAAACUACCACGCGUCGCACGGUGAUCGUGCCCAAACACAUCAGGUGCUCUUAGCUACAGCAGUUGUCAAAGCGCGAGCCACGGAUGGAAGAAUUCGUUUACUACGUGCCCUGGUUGAUACAGGGUCAGAAACGUCUUUCAUAACAGAAGCUGCUGCUCGUCUGCUGAAGUUGGAAAGGCGACGUGCCAUUGUUGAGGUAUCGGGGUUGGGGUUGGUCAGCAGCGGCACAACACAGCAUACAGUCGAAGUGCAUUUUGCUUCUCGCCAUUCGACGUUUGAAACUGCCACACAGGCAUUGGUUUUUAAGUCGCUGACUGGGCAUCUCCCGGCCCAACGAGUGGUACCCAACAGUUGGAAUCACCUCAAGGGUCUUACGUUAGCAGAUCCCCAUCUCUACGAACCCGCUCCUAUCGAUUUAUUGUUUGGAAGUGAUGUUUGCGCCCAAAUACUGCUACCGGAAAUAAGAAGGUCUCCGGAUAACAAUGGACCGAUAGCGCAAAAUACGCAUUUAGGGUGGAUCGUGUUAGGGAAAGUUCCAGAGGAACUUCCCCGGCAAAUUCGAAGUUUCGUGCAGGUUACUGACCUCGGAAUCCAGCUACAGAAGUUUUGGGAGAUGGAAGAAACGCCGUUCCAGACACAUGAAACCCUAGACAACAUUGCUUGUGAAGAACAUUUUGAGAGGAAUACGACACGUUUACCAGACGGGCGUUACCAAGUCAGCUUACCGUUCAAAGAAGGCCUUCCAGCGAUGGGAUCCAGCCGUCAAGGAGCUACUCGACGAUUUCUCCAUCUCGAGAAAAGACUUGCUGCAGAUCCUAAACUUUGUGAGGACUAUUCAAAGUGCAUAAAUGAGUACAUCAAGCUCAAACACAUGGAAGAAAUAGAUGAAGAUGACACGGUUUUGGCGACCCCUUACCAUUAUUUUCUUCCGCACCAUGCAGUUUUUAAGGAAGCGAGUUCCACAACAAAGCUGAGAGUGGUGUUUGACGCAGCUUCUAAAGCUUCGGAUGGGAAAUCCCUCAACGAACAUCUUCUUGUAGGUCCAAAAUUGCAGACCAAUAUCAUUGAUCUUGUUCUCAGAUGGCGUACUCAUCGAGUUACUUUUACGGCAGACAUUGAAAAGAUGUACCGUCAAAUUAUGGUUAGUUUCCCAGACCGAUACUUUCAGCUAAUUUUGUGGAGGGAACAGAAAUCUUCGCCGAUUAAAGUCUUCAAACUGAACACUGUCACGUUUGGUACAGCGAGCGCACCAUAUCUUGCGAUUAAGGUUUUGAAGAAACUAGCCGACGAUGAAAGUCAGAAUUUUCCCGAAGGGGCGAAGGUUGUCCGUGAGGACAUGUACGUUGAUGAUCUGAUCAGUGGAGCAGAUUCCAUCGAAGAAGCCAAGAGGAAACAACAUGAAGCCAAGCAGCUCUUAGCGUCUGCGGGAUUCAACCUGAGGAAAUGGACGAGUAACUCCAAGGCUCUCCUGGAAGACAUCGCUGCUGAGGAUCGAGAACUUGAUUUUGAACUCCCGUUUAACACCUCAAAUCAUGUCAAGACACUCGGCAUCAAGUGGUUUCCACUUGACGACUACUUUUCUUUUCAAAAUCUGCAAGUUUCACCAGAAGACAUCACAAAACGGUCAAUGUUGUCCACCAUCGCUAAGCUGUUCGACCCACUCGGGUGGAUAUCACCCUGCAUCAUCACGGCGAAACUAAUGAUGCAACGCCUCUGGGAGCAUGGUUGUGAUUGGGACGAUCCAAUUCCUACUCCCUUAAAGACGGAAUGGGAAGCUUUUCAACGCGAACUUCCUCUCAUCGAACGAUUGCGAAUUCCGAGAUGGAUCGCGAAAAGCCCAUCUAAUAAGGCUGUCCAACUUCACGGAUUCUGUGACGCCUCCAUGAAAGCUUUCGGUGCAGUAGUCUACAUUCGGGUCUUAGACACGGACGAUCGAAUCCUUACCAGCCUGCUUCUCUCAAAAACAAAAGUAGCACCAAGUCAGCGAACCAUCACGCUGCCUCGCCUGGAACUCUGUGGAGCUGUUCUUCUGUCGCAGCUACUUAGUUACACCAAGGAUAUCUUGGCCAUCCCCGAUGUCGAUAUCUACGCGUGGACUGAUUCGAUGAUAGCGUUGGCAUGGAUACAAGCGUCACCAGCAAAAUGGACCACAUUCGUAUCCAAUCGUGUAUCCGAAAUUCAGCGGCUUAUACAGAUCGACAGCUGGGGUCAUGUUGCAACAUUGCAUAACCCAGCCGAUCUAGCGUCUCGAGGUGUAUUUCCGGCUGAACUGGAGUCAUUGGAUAUGUGGUGGAAUGGACCUGAAUUUUUAACGCGACAAUGGGAAUUCGAUGCUCCGCAUCGACUCAUCGACAACGACACUGAAGAAGAAAAGAAGGAUAAAAGUAAAGUGAAUGUUUUAAGUAUCAAUAUCACUCAUGGCGAUAAAAUCUUGCAGGCUAUUCACGACUCUUCCAGGUUGCUCAAAUUACUUAGAGUCGUCGCCACCUGUCGUCGUUUCACAAUAAAAUGUCGACCUAAGCUUGGUCCUAUCACAGGUCCAAUCAAUCCUGAAGAAUUAGAUGCAGCACAUCAAAUAGUGGUCAAGGCAGCACAGAAGGAGAUGUUUGGAGAUGAGAUUCAACAAAUUCUUGGAAAUGCCAAAAUUCCAAAGAAUUUACUUUCGUUAAACGCAUUUCUUGAUUCUGACGGAAUCUUACGAGUCGGGGGACGUUUAGCAAACUCCCUCCUUUCCUACGAUGCCCAACAUCCGAUACUGUUGCAGAGCAACCACCAUUUUACGAGUCUGGUUGUAAGAGAUGCUCACAAGCAAACUCUACACGGCGGAAUCCAGCAAAUGAUUAAUUACAUCCGACAACGAUAUUGGAUAGGACAGAUUCGGCGAAGCGUCAAGCACCAGUUGCAUAAAUGCCCUUCUUGCUACCGGCAAAAGGCAUCUGAAAUGCAACAACUGAUGGGAAACUUACCUGCCGCUCGAGUACGCAUAUCGCGACCAUUUAGUCACACCGGUGUUGACUAUGCGGGACCAAUCGAGAUAAAAGCCUGGAAAGCCCGUGGAGCAAAAAUACUAAAAGGCUAUUUCGCAGUAUUUAUCUGUUUGGCAACCAAAGCCAUUCAUCUCGAAGCAGUAUCAGACUUAACCACACAAGCAUUUUUAGCAGCAUUCAAACGGUUCACUGCCAGAAGAGGAAUUUGUAAGCAGAUCUAUAGCGACUGCGGAACUAAUUUCAUCGGUGCCAAUAAUGAACUGGCAAAAAUGAUGAAAGAAGCACAACACGACUGGAAGCAGGUAGCAGAACUAUUGGCAAAUCGCGGUACAGAUUGGCAUUUCAUUCCCCCAGCUUCUCCCCAUUUCGGUGGCCUAUGGGAAGCGGGUGUGAAGUCUGUCAAGUACCAUCUCAAACGAGUCAUUGGAAUUGAGAGGCUUACCUUCGAGGAGCUCGCGACGCUUCUAGCACAAGUAGAAGCUUGUCUGAAUUCGAGACCUCUAUGCCCACUAACCGAUAGCAUCGAUGAUUUGAACGCACUAACUCCAGCACAUUUCUUAGUCGGAGAAUCUUUGCAUGCAGUACCACAAGGUGAAACAGAAACAAACAUUACACAUAAAGAUCGCUGGAAACGAGUUCAGGCAUUAUCUGAAGUAUUUUGGAGACGAUGGAAUUCUGAAUACUUAUCUCGGCUUCAACAACGCCCAAAAUGGACAAAAAUACAAGAAAAGCCGAAGAUAGGAGAUUUGGUUCUCUUGAAGGAUGAACGACUUCCACCAACACAUUGGAAUAUGGCGCGAAUAGAACAAACCCACAGCGGGUCAGACGGUUUGGUACGCGUUGUCACGCUCCGCACCAAGUCUGGACAGUUUAAACGACCGAUUACUAAAAUUUGCCUUUUACCUUCAAACAAAACCACGGAACAAACGAGUCUAAUAUAA